AUGGUCAACUCAGAGCUAGAAGCAAGCAUUGUUGAUCCGUCUAGGGAAGAAGAGGUAGUAGAUGUUAAUGCUAUGAAAGAGGAGAUAUCCUCCAGCGAACCCCUAUUCCAAACUCAGGAAAAUCACUAUUACCCACCUGAACCCACCUUCAAACCACCAGAACCAUGCUCUUAUGCUCCCCGUAUUGAUUUCUCAGCUGAAGAAGAAAAGCCUCCCAAAAACCUGGAGCAGGAGGAAAUGAUAAGAAAGGUCAAGAGCCUAGAACAGUCAUUCAGAAACAUGCAAGGGCUCGGAGGUCAAAUGAGCGUAGCUUACAAGGAUCUGUGCUUGUUUCCGGAUGUCCAGCUGCCGGCCAGAUUCAAAUUACCAAAGUUUGAUUUGUAUGAUGGACAUGGUGAUCUUGUAGCCCGUCUGAGGGGAUUUUGCAAAAAAUGUUGGCAUUUGAAAACGGCCAUCCAGGAACUCAUUGAUACUCGCCGGAUUGAAGUGCAGGCCCUAGAGACGCCUAACAUCACUCAAAAUCCAUUGCCCGCCCAUCAUGAAACCCAUAUGAUUGAGCACGUACAGAAGGGAGAAUACAAGAAGCCUUCGCAGACCAUAAUGAUGAUCAGGGCCAGUGAAAACAUAUCAGAUGAGAAACCAACCAGUGGGAGGGCAGUGACCAAAGUGGAGAAGACAGUUAGCAAGCCAGUUGUGGUGAUAAAGAAGGAGCCUUUGAGGGGUGUGGCAGCUAAAGUGGUGGUGCUAGGGGUAGCUGUCAAACCCAUUGUGACUGUGAAAGGGGCUCGUACAGAGCCGGUUAUCAUCAAGCCGGUGACGCAGUUGCCAGUAAUCAAUGAAAAGGCUGUCCCAUGGAAUUACGGCCGAUUGAGAAAAGCUAAGACAACCAAAGAUAAUCCAGUACCAGUGAAAAGGGCCGUAACUGAAGAAGAAGCAGAGGAAUUUCUAAAGAAGAUGAAGGCGCAGGAUUAUUCCAUUAUAGAACAGUUGAGAAAGACGCCGACACAGAUUUCAUUGUUGUCAUUGUUGAUCCACUCGGAUGAGCAUCGCCAAGCAUUGAUGAAAAUUCUGAGUGAAGCCCAUGUUCCUGAAAAGAUUUCUGUGAAUCAUCUGGAGAAAAUAGCGAAUAAUAUUUUCGAGGUCAACAGGGUCACAUUUUCUGACGAUGAUGCAAACAUCUGUCCUCUUUCCACUCUGGAAAAGUUAAAGGUGGAAAGUGAGAGAAUCCAUAAGAAUAGCAUCUGUGUGCGGGGAUUUGAUGGAGGAGGAAAGGAUACAGUUGGAGAUAUAGUGUUGGAAUUGACGAUAGGACCGGUGGAAUUUACUAUGGAGUUCCAG